UAUAAGCACCUGGGUGGAGAGCAGGCUUUGAAAAUUAACAUGUUUAUGUUUUAUGCUGAACUUGUGUAAUCUGCGACGAGUGUUUGUAAGAAGGUUUCGCCAGUAGUAUUGAAAUAUUUUAAGUUGUUGAAAGCAACAAAAAUGAAAGUAUCUGUGCUUGGUUCAGGAAAUGGUGGUUAUGCUCUGGCUUUUCAUUUGGUACAGUUGGGCCAUGAAGUUUUGCUUUUUGAAUCUGAGGAAUUUAAAGAUGCCAUUCAACCUGUUCAGAAUACUGGAUGCAUUGUCGCUUUAAAGGAGAUAGGCGAUUCUCAAGCUGUUGUUCAUGGCGUGUCGAAAAUUUCCAUAAGCACAACAGACAUUAAGGAUGCGAUUGGUUUCAGCAAUAUUGUGAUGCUUAUUGUUCCAUCUUUUGGACAAGGUCCCGUAUUUAAAUCGGCUUUGCCCUACCUGACAGAAAAACACAUACUCAUAAGUCUUCCAGGCAAUUUCGCCUUCCUUGAAUACUUAAAAAUCGUUAAAGAGAGAUCUGAAUUAGAUGUAACAAAAGAUUUACCAUUCACGCUUGUAGAAACCAGCACGAUUCCGUAUGCAUGUCGGAAAGUUAAGGGAAACCAGGUUUUCAUUAGCGGCAUUAAAGCAAUGUUAAAUGCAGGAGUUUAUCCAUGCUCAAAAACGGCUGAAACCAUGAAGGCUAUCAGUCCGUUGUUUAUACUGAACUUACAGACAACAACAAAUAUAUUAGAGGUUGGUUUUUGCAAUCUGGCAUGCGUUGUACAUCCAUCCAUAACCAUUUAUAAUGCUGGUUGGAUCGAAUCAAGGGAAGGAGAAUUCGGUUUUUACAAAGACGGUGCGUCGCCUGCAGUGUUAAAGUUAGUCACGGCUUUAGAUAAAGAACGAAUUGCUAUAGCGCAUGCACUGGGCUUUACUGUGGAUAGCCUUUUGACAGGUUGGGCGAAGUGGUACGGAGAAAAGGAAGUAAAUACCUUAGAAGAGCUGGUUGGUACCAAACGUUAUGAAACAAUUAAAGCGCCUUCCAGCUUGAACAGCCGCUAUCUAACCGAGGAUUUGAACUUCAUCCUCCUCCCGAUUGUUAACCUUGCGAGACAAUAUAAUGUACCAACUCCAGUGGCUGAUGCUGUGGUCACGUCAGCGAAAACAUUGACCGGUUUAUCCUUCCAAUCCGCCCGAUGCUUUUCUACUUUCCCAAGACAUUUUCAAAAUCUUUAAUUUCUAAGGAAUAUAUAAAUAUUAUUAAGCAAAACUAGCGAAUUUUGUUUUACGAUUAACUCAAUAUCUUUUUUUGAAAUGAAAACAAACUUCGAAA